GAGGGUUGGGGGCGAGAGAGAAAGUAACUCCAGGACGAGACCGGAGCGACCCGCGGAGCGAGCACAGCCGGCAAGGCUGCACCAGGCUCCGGAGACCGGCGGCUGCGGGGGGCGGGGGCUGUGCCCGAGCCCGAUCCCCCGCUCCUGCUCCGAGCAGUGGUCUCGGGGAAAGGGUCGUUGUCCAGCACGGAUGCGUUGGUCGCAGAGAGCACUGGAGGUUCUGGUCAAGGCGUAAAGCCUGGGGCUUCCAACGAUACUCUGGGCAGCGAUGGAAGCCUAGAUGCCUCACCGCAAGGAGCGGCCGAGCGGGUCCUCGCUUCACGCCCAAGGCAGCGCCGGCACUGAGGAGGGAGGAAGCAUGUCCCGGUUGUCUCUCACCCGGUCACCUGUGUCUCCCCUGGCUGCCCAGGGGAUCCCACUGCCAGCCCAACUCACCAAGUCCAAUGCGCCUGUGCACAUCGAUGUGGGUGGCCACAUGUAUACCAGCAGUUUGGCCACGCUCACCAAGUACCCCGACUCCAGAAUAAGCCGCCUCUUCAAUGGCACCGAGCCCAUCGUCCUGGACAGCCUGAAGCAACACUAUUUCAUUGACCGGGAUGGAGAGAUUUUCCGCUACGUCUUGAGCUUCCUGCGGACAUCCAAACUGCUGCUCCCGGAUGACUUCAAGGAUUUCAGCCUGUUGUACGAGGAGGCGCGCUACUACCAGCUGCAGCCCAUGGUUCGAGAGCUGGAGCGCUGGCAGCAGGAGCAGGAGCAGCGGCGCCGCAGCAGGGCCUGUGACUGCCUGGUGGUGCGGGUCACACCGGACCUGGGUGAGCGCAUCGCACUCAGCGGCGAGAAGGCCCUCAUCGAGGAGGUCUUCCCGGAGACCGGGGAUGUCAUGUGCAACUCGGUCAACGCGGGCUGGAACCAGGACCCUACACAUGUCAUCCGCUUCCCACUCAAUGGCUACUGCCGGCUCAACUCGGUGCAGGUCCUGGAGAGGCUGUUCCAGAGGGGUUUCAGUGUGGCUGCAUCCUGCGGGGGUGGCGUGGACUCCUCCCAGUUCAGCGAGUAUGUGCUCUGCCGGGAGGAGCGGCGACUGCAGCCCACCCCCACCUCUGUCCGGAUAAAGCAGGAGCCCCUGGACUAGGCCCAGCCUCAGUACCCACCUGAGGCCCCGUGACCCUGGGGGUGGCCCAGGGACGUGGAAACAGCGCUGGGGAGUUCUGCCUGCACCUGCUUAGCAGUCUUCGUGAGACUGAGGGUGGGGCUGCAGGGUCCGAGGCUGCCUGGGGAGCCCCAGGGCCCCAGGUGUCAUGCAACAGAAUGUGGGGUGCUGUGGGCAUGCUUACCGAAGGACUGUUGAUGUGACCCAAAGAUGUGGGAGUUCUGCCACCAGUGCCCCAGGACCCCUGGGCUCCCCAGCUUGGUGCAGCAUCCUCCAAGGCCCUGGGGCCGACCACAGUGGGGUCAGCGCAGGCCCCCCAGCCCACUGCAAAGGAGUUCUUCAUCCUUCUCCACGUGUGGCGGGCGCCAAUGGGUCUUCUUGCAUCAGAGAUGGCUUAUUUUUCUACAGUAUUUAAAACAGAAGUAACUGUGACUGCACAAGCCAGAGAGGCCAACAAGGACCAACACUUCUUUAUCUGGUGCUCCGUUCUCAGUCAGACAUGCAGCAUGCCCAUCCACACGGUGGAAGAGCUGCCAGGCCCUCCGGCCCGCCUGCCCACGGAGUGGGCUCGGAGACCUCUGGUCCCUGCUCUGGGGACAUGAAGGGGGGGUGCUGUCCAGUGCUGUAGGAACUGAAGCAAGGCCCCCAGGGAGCUGGGCUGCUGGCAGGAGGGUUGUUUGGGUGUGGGGGACAGAUGGCUGUGGAACCACCAAACACCCUCACCUUUGCUGCUGCCUGGGGUGCAGGCCACACUUGGUGGGUCACCUGACCUACCAGUGCUCAGGGGCUUCUGGUCCGGUUUGUGUGUCCUCACACCUGGGCUUCUCCAGGAGUCUCUACCCAACCGGACCAGCCACAGGGCCACAUGGCAUCCUUACCUCAGGAAUGGGUCCCACGGUGAAGGGGCCCACCUGUCAGCAGUGUCUCCUGGGUCCCCACCUCAGGAAGCUGUCCCGAGCUCUGAUUUUUCCACACUAAUAUGCACACUGAAUUUUAAUGAAAUUUGUACUGCUAGCCUGCAGGUAAGACCUGGACAUAGGCAUACCUGGAUUCCAACGAGGACUGGCCCCGAGGGGUCCUCAUAGACCAGCUUCCUCUUAGAUGACAGGCGCAAAGAUGGACACCCCAGCUUUGUCACCCUUGACUGAGCUGGCUCUUCCCUGGUGGAGAUACCGCAGACAACUGCUUGGUGGAUGAGGCGUACAGCCAGCACUGCACUGCGUACAAUGCCUGUAGACUUGUAUAUGACUCUUUUAAUAUCGUAAAGAUGCUGAUGUACAAUUGUUGUGUUUGUGUAAACACAUUAUGUUCCUAGUUCAUGCCAUAAACUGCUAUAAAGCAAAAGAC